AACGCGAGCAGCAGCACGUACAUUCCAGGGGACACUGCCGGAGCAUUCACCUCAGCAGAGCAACAUGUCGGCCACAGAUCUGGAGAAGCUGCGGAUGUCGGGGGCCGGGAAGGCUAUCGCCGUGCUGACGAGCGGGGGAGAUGCACAAGGAAUGAAUGCUGCGGUUCGUGCUGUGACUCGGAUGGGUAUUUAUGUUGGAGCUAAAGUUUUCCACAUAUAUGAGGGUUAUGAAGGCUUGGUUGAAGGUGGUGAUUGUAUCAAACAAGCAAGUUGGCUAAGUGUGUCAAACAUAAUUCAGCUGGGUGGCACUAUUAUUGGUAGUGCACGGUGUAAGGCAUUUACGACACAUGAAGGGCGUUUGUCUGCAGCCUUUAAUCUUGUUCAACAUGGCAUAACAAAUUUAUGUGUCAUUGGUGGUGAUGGAAGUUUAACUGGAGCAAAUAUAUUUCGGAAGGAGUGGGGAGGUUUGCUUGAAGAAUUGGUUAAAGGAGAGAAAAUAACUGAAGAUGUGGCUGCAAAGUAUUCCCAUCUAAAUAUUGUUGGACUGGUGGGUUCCAUUGACAAUGACUUCUGCGGUACUGAUAUGACAAUUGGAACUGAUUCAGCUUUGCACAGAAUUAUGGAGGUUAUUGAUGCAAUUACUACUACUGCACAGAGCCACCAGAGGACAUUUGUGCUGGAAGUCAUGGGAAGACACUGUGGGUAUUUAGCACUAGUGUCAGCUUUGGCAUCUGGGGCUGACUGGCUUUUUAUUCCAGAAAGUCCUCCUGAUGAGGGCUGGGAAGAUACCAUGUGUGCACGGCUAGGAGAGUGUCGAAGUCGAGGUUCAAGACUAAACAUAAUUAUUAUUGCUGAAGGAGCCAUUGACCAGAAUGGAGAACCAAUUACAUCUAAUUAUGUGAAAGAGCUGGUUGUUCAACGCUUGGGAUUUGAUACCAGAGUCACCGUUCUUGGACAUGUACAGAGGGGAGGAACUCCAUCAGCCUUCGACCGUGUAUUGAGCAGUAAAAUGGGCAUGGAAGCAGUUAUUGCUUUGAUGGAAGCAAAUGAAGACACUCCAGCCUGCGUGGUUAGUCUGUCUGGUAACCAGUCCGUGCGGCUGCCAUUGAUGGAGUGUGUUCAGGUGACAAAAGACGUCCAAAAAGCUAUGAAAGAUAAAAAGUUUGAGGAAGCAAUUCAGUUACGAGGAAGAAGUUUUGAAAAUAACUGGAACAUAUACAAGCUGCUUGCACAUCAAAAGCCAUCUGAAGAGAAGAGCAACUUCAAUAUUGCCAUUCUGAAUGUGGGUGCUCCGGCUGCUGGAAUGAAUGCUGCUGUCCGGUCUGCUGUGAGAAUUGGCAUUUCUGAGGGCCAUAAUGUCUACACUGUAAAUGAUGGAUUUGAAGGGCUUUCAAAGGGACAGAUUAACAAAGUAGAUUGGCAUGAUGUUGCUGGAUGGCUAGGUCGGGGUGGAUCGAUGUUAGGAACAAAAAGAACCAUUCCGAAGACGUGUAUCAAAAACAUUGUGGAAAACAUAAGAAAAUACAACAUCCAUGCUCUUUUGGUCGUUGGUGGAUUUGAGGCUUAUGAAGGAGUGUUACAGCUUGUCGAAGCGCGAGAACAUUAUGAAGAACUUUGCAUUAUCAUGUGUGUUAUCCCUGCUACUAUCAGCAACAAUGUACCAGGGACUGAUUUUAGUAUUGGCUCAGACACUGCUGUUAAUGCAGCCAUGGAGAGCUGUGAUCGCAUUAAACAAUCUGCUUCUGGCACAAAGCGUCGUGUCUUCAUUGUGGAGACCAUGGGUGGAUACUGUGGCUAUCUUGCUACAGUGGCAGGUAUAGCUGUUGGUGCUGAUGCUGCUUACAUUUAUGAGGAUACAUUCAACAUUCAUGACUUGAAGUCUAAUGUGGAGCAUCUAACAGAAAAAAUGAAGACCGAUAUUCAGAGAGGACUUGUGUUGAGGAAUGAAAAAUGCCAUGACUACUAUACCACAGACUUUUUGUAUAAUCUGUACUCUGCCGAAGGAAAAGACAUUUUUGACUGUCGUACAAAUGUUCUCGGACACUUGCAGCAGGGUGGUGCCCCAACCCCUUUUGAUCGUAAUUAUGGAACGAAACUUGGAGUCAAGGCUGUGGUGUGGAUUUCUGAAAAACUUAGAGAGUCUUAUCGAAGGGGCCGUGUAUUUGCCAAUUCUCCAGACACAGCCUGUGUAAUAGGUCUGAAGAAGAAGAUCGUGGCAUUUACAUCUGUUUGCGAGUUGAAAAAAGUUACUGACUUUGAGCAUCGGAUGCCAAAAGAGCAGUGGUGGCUGAACUUGCGUUUGAUGCUAAAGAUGCUGGCUAACUAUCAAAUCAGCUUAACAGAAUAUGUUUCAGGGAAGAUAGAACAUGUAACUCGCAGGACUCUGAGUAUUGAGAAAGGUUUUUGAUUAGUCCUAGGAUAUGUGAUAUUCUUGUAUAAUGAUAGGAUACAAAACUGUAAAUGCUAAACACAAAUGCUAAAUCUAGUUUAGCUAAAUUGGGUAAUUUUUACCAGUUAAACCCCCUUUCUGGUUACCAUUAUAUGCUUCAAGUUUACUUUUAAGCAUAUAGCCAGUGAGAUUUGCAGUAAUUAUCAAUGAAUCGAGACCUACAGUAAGUAUGAAAGGAGUGUGUGUGCAGGCACCCUGAGUAUUUCUCAGAAAUUAGUUUUGUUCUUGAAUGUAGAACGUUUUAGAUUCUUUAAUGAGAAAACAUUGCUCUGGAUAAAUCACCAAAAUUAAAACUGUAUUAAUAAACGCAAAUAAAUCAUUA